AUACAUUAGCUACUUUACAAGCAGAAUCUGCUGAAGAACUUGCACGACUUAAUAAUACAGUUCCACAGGCAAAAUCUCUCAUAAUUAAGUCCCAUUCAUAUAUCUACGAACAAAAAAACUCUCAUUUCAAAC